CCUCCUUCCACCCCCAACCUCCAGCAACCGACGACCGCAGGGUUUCUGUCCUUCGGCUAAGCGCAACGCAGGGUUUCGAUUUCAGAAAAGCAGUCGAAUCCUCUACCUCCCCCCCUCCUUCUCUGCCGUUCUUCAAUCUCUGGUCCUCGCUAAUUGCAGAUUAGGUCAGUGACUCCGAAGGCUUGGCCCCUCUGACCAGGAGACGAUUCCGGGAGCUUCAACCCCGGUAAAAUGGCCCAACGGCGGCUCCCGCGAUCCUGAAUUGAUAGUGCUGAACAAUUUGCCGCAUUGGGUUCAUUUGUUUGAAUUGUAGAGGACUGGCUAACCUUUAGAGAACCUUUCUUUUUGAGAAAUGGAUUCUCCCGGUGUUGGUCAGAGCUAUGGGAGGAAAGGCGGGGAGGAUGAUCUCGAUCGUAAGAGUGAUAGGGAUAGAGAGAGGGAUAGGGAUAGGGAGAGGGAGAGGGGUAGGGAUGAUACUGAAUGGGAGGAGAGCGAUAGGAGGAAGCACCGGUCGAGCAAGUCCAAGAAACCGAGCAGUUCCGGGGAUAGACAUGAGAGCCGGAAGAGGUCGAGCGAUGAAGACGAUUACGAUGUGAGAAAGGAAUCUCGCUCUAAGCACUUGAAGAGAAAGCAAGAGGAGAGUUCUCUAGAAAAGCUGAGUACUUGGUACCAGGAUGGCGAGUUAGAAAGUCGGCAGGACGGUGCUGGGGAGAAGUCGGGGAGCAGAGGGCAUGCUCGAGGAGGGGAUGACAGUGAUAAGAGGAAAUCAAAUCCCAAAGUAUCAGACCAUGAGAUCUCACAGAGUCGCAAUAGGAGCAAACAGGAUAAGCACCACGAGGGAGAAAUAGAAAGGGCAUCUGACAGGGAUUCAAAGUAUUCGGAGAGGAGAGAGAGCAGCCGAGAGAAGGGUCAUGGAUCUUCUGAGAAUGCAAAGAUUUCAAAGAGGAGGUGGGAUGAUGGGGAUACUGGGAGCAGAGGGGAAGAGAGUGGUUAUGAGAAAAAUGAUGCUAGAGGCAGCAAGGCAUCUGAUAUUAAGCACGAGAAUGUUAGAGAGAAGAGCUCAUCUGCCAGGAAUGAAUUUAGUGAGAGUAAAAGCAGAGGCAAUGAUCCAAUCACCGACAAGGGCAUCAGGUCCAGCCGCAAGGAUGAGAGGCGAGUCGAUGGUGAGAGGGGUAAGAGUAGAGGCAUUUCAGAGGCUGUAGUAGAAGAUAGUAAAGCUAGCCCCUCUACUCAUGCGGAGAAGAUGGGCAAGGAGAAGCAUGAACUACAGAAUGAACAGAGAACUCCCACUACAAGAGAUGAUUGUGAUAGUAGAGAUAGGUCCUUGCAUGGGGAUGAAGAUGGAAGUUCAUGGUCGAGGGACAAGAGUAGUGGCAGAGCCCAUCGAUCUCGGACCCCUGAUAGGGGUGGAAGAUACACUCGUGAUAGAGCUGACAAUGAAAGGGCUCAUGGAAGAUCUGGUCGGAAAGAUGUGAACAGGGGAGAAGCUGUCAAAACUUCUUCCAAUUUCGGGAUUUCAAAUGAUAAUUAUGAUGUAAUAGAGAUUCAGACGAAGCCCCUUGUCUAUGGGAGAGCCGAUCAGGCGUCUAACAGGAGAUACGAAGCUGGUCAGCAAUCUGAUGUGAAAUCAGUCCCAAGUGAUGAAGAGUGGAGGAAUCCGAGGGAGGAGAGGACUAGGUCUGUUGUGUCUGGUGAAGACUCAAAAGAAAGAUACAAUGAUGAUGACAACCAAAGUUCGUGGAGGGACGAUAAUGACUUGCAUGGUGGGAGAGGAAUAGGGCAGAAGGUUGCAACUCCAGUUCGAGCUCAGAGUUCUAGCAGUAUGCAGUCUCCAUAUGGCAAUCAAGAAACUGGGUCUUUCAACAGAGGCCCUGUUCAAGGAGUAAAAGGGAAUAAUAGAGCCGGUAGAAUUGGAAGGGGAAGGCCCACUGGUAGGGACACCCAACAGAUGGCACUCCCACUUCCUAUUAUGGGCUCCCCUUUUGGGCCUCUUGGAAUGCCGCCCCCAGGGCCCCUGCAACCGCUCAACCCGAGUAUGUCCCCAGCUCCACCAAUCUCUCCAGGUGUCUUUCUUCCACCAUUUACUCCGCCAGUCGUUUGGCCUGGAGCUCGAGGCAUCGAUGUCAACAUGUUAGGCGUUCCACCAAGCCUUUCCCCAGUUCCUCCCGGUCCAGGGGGCCCUAGAUUUCCCCCCAAUAUGGCCGCACCACCCAAUCCUGCAGCUUAUUAUAAUCAAUCAGGCCCUGGGAGAGGGGCACAGUCAACUUUACCAGGGCCCGGGUUUAAUCCUGUGGGACCCAUGGGACGAGGAACAUCUUCCGAGAAAGCCUCUGGGAAUUGGGUCCCACCGAGAUCCAGUGGAUCAACACAAAAAGCUCCUUCAAGAGGAGAGCAGAAUGAUUACUCUCAGAAUUUUGUGGACACUGGUAUGCGACCUCAGAAUUUUAUUAGGGAGCUAGAGCUUACUAAUGUUGUGGAGGACUACCCAAAGCUUCGUGAGCUUAUCCAGAAAAAGGACGAGAUUGUGGCUAACGCUGCAUCUCCUCCCAUGUAUUACAAGUGUGAUCUGCGUGAAUUUGAGCUUUCUCCUGAAUUUUUUGGAACCAAGUUUGAUGUCAUUCUGGUGGAUCCUCCAUGGGAAGAGUACGUUCAUCGUGCUCCUGGCGUUGCUGAUCACAUGGAAUACUGGACAUUUGAAGAAAUACUUAAUUUGAAAAUUGAGGCAAUUGCAGAUACUCCUUCUUUUAUCUUCCUUUGGGUGGGCGAUGGAGUGGGCUUGGAGCAGGGCCGUCAAUGUUUGAAAAAGUGGGGAUUCAGGAGAUGUGAAGAUAUUUGCUGGGUGAAGACUAACAAAACGAAUGCAACCCCAGGAUUGCGCCAUGAUUCUCAUACGUUGUUCCAGCACUCUAAGGAGCAUUGCUUGAUGGGAAUAAAGGGAACAGUUCGUCGUAGCACCGAUGGUCACAUAAUUCAUGCCAACAUCGACACUGACGUAAUAAUUGCUGAAGAGCCACCUUACGGUUCAACCGAGAAGCCCGAAGAUAUGUAUCGGAUAAUUGAGCAUUUUGCGCUUGGGCGGAGGAGGCUGGAGCUCUUCGGUGAAGACCAUAACAUUCGGGCAGGUUGGCUCACAGUGGGAAAAGGACUCUCCUCCUCGAACUUUAACGCUGAGGCAUACAUUAGGAGCUUCGCAGACAAGGAUGGCAAAGUGUGGCAAGGAGGGGGAGGGCGUAACCCUCCACCCGAUGCUCCUCACCUUGUUCUCACGACCCCCGAGAUCGAAGCCCUGAGGCCCAAAUCCCCUAUGAAGAACCAGCAACAACUCCAGCAGCAGAACCAGUCAGCAUCGAUAUCUCUCACGACUGCCUCCUCUUCCAGCAGAAGGGCCGCUGCGAAUUCUCCGCACAACCAUCUUCCGCUGCCUCUCAACCAAGAAGCCUCAAGCUCCAACCAUCCUGGGCCUGUUGUUCCUUGGGGGCUGCCAACGGAGGGCUUUAAGGGACCCGAGGGUGGCGGUUUUCACAUGGAGGACAGAGUUUUCGAUAUGUACGGGUACGGUGGAGGUCCAAACGGGGAGUUCCUCGAUUUUGAUCCACACAGAGCGAUGAACAUGUUGUAGCGGAAGUUUUUAUUUUUAUUUUUAUUUAUUUUUGUGUAUUAUUGUACUUUAAUCACGAGUUCUGUUCAUUAUUAAAAUUUUGGGCUGAAAUUAAAUGGGAAAGCAAGUGGUCCUUUUCCCUUUCAUAUGUA